UGGCUAGGGUUUCUGGCUGCCACUCUCGCCGUCUUUGCAUUUCGCCCCUCUGCUCCUUAGCUUAGUCCAAGAGCUUCAACCAUGGCGGAACAAACUGAGAAGGCUUUUCUGAAGCAGCCAAAAGUGUUUCUAAGCUCGAAGAAAUCUGGGAAGGGAAAGAGGCCUGGCAAAGGAGGGAAUCGCUUUUGGAAGUCUGUUGGACUUGGAUUCAAGACUCCCAGGGACGCUAUUGAAGGCACUUACAUUGAUAAGAAGUGCCCCUUCACUGGCACUGUUUCAAUCAGGGGUCGUAUUCUAGCUGGCACCUGUCAUAGUGCUAAGAUGACAAGAACGAUUAUUGUGAGAAGGAACUACCUUCAUUUUGUCAAGAAGUACCAGAGAUAUGAGAAGAGGCACUCAAACAUUGCAGCUCACAUAUCACCUUGCUUUCGUGUAAAGGAAGGUGAUCAUGUGACCAUCGGCCAGUGCAGGCCACUCUCAAAGACUGUGAGGUUCAACGUGUUAAAAGUGAUUCCGGCUGGAUCUUCUGGUGGUGUGAAGAAGGCAUUUACUGGAAUAUGAUAUAUGAUUAUUAGUUAUGUUUGUAGGGGUACGAAAUUUGGAGUUUGGAGCAGAUUCUAUUUUUAGUUGUUUUUGAAAGUGACCGUAUUCUAAUUUAAUCAAUUUUGGAGUUCUUUUCUGGUUUGGAUAUAUGAAUUUCUAAAUCCUGAAGAUUAUGAGCGUUUCAUAUACAAGAUGGUUAUUUAAGUUUAACUGUUGUGGUUAUUUAAUUUUAA